AUGGCCACACCGGCCAGAACCGCCGCCGCCAACUUAUCGGCAAAGGCGCUUGCCCACACUAAAAACACGGGUCGACAGCUGAUGGGAUCCAAGACUGCCGUCGUGGUGACCGCGGGCACCAUGGACAAGACGGUCAAGGUGCGGUUAUGGGGUCAGAGGUGGGAAAAGAAGAUCCAAAAGAGUUUUCAAGUACCAUCCUAUCACCUGGUCCACGACCCGAACAACUCGGUGCGUCAGGGCGACGUGAUUAACAUCUCGUCUGGCUGGCGCGCCUCCCAGCACGUACGACAUAUUGUGCGACACAUUAUUGCACCCCAUGGCCCGCCUAUUGACGAGCGCCCGCCUGUACUGAGCGAGCAGGAGCUCUUCGAGCAAUAUGCCGAGAAGCGCGAAGCCAAGCUGGCCAGGCGCGCCGAGAGGGAUGCCGAGAUCCAGAAGCAGACAGAGGCCCAGAGAGCCGCCAAGCUGGAGCGCAGAGCACGCCGGGAGGCAUGGGAGCAGACCAGAGUGCAAGCCAAGGAGAAGAGGAUGGAACAGGCUCUGGGCACUCUUGGGGAUGUGGAUUAA